AUGUUAGUAACGACAAAACAGUGGCUUUCAUCUACAAUGAUGAAUGGAACACGAAAUGAGUUUCAUUCAUCGAUUGAUAAUCACAACAAUUCACAAUAUUCGUUAUCUAUUGAACCGACCUGGGCUAGUUUAUCAUUGAUUACGAUCAUCCUAUUUACUGUAUGUGGUAAUAGUCUUGUAUGCAUAGCCGUUAUACGUGAAAGACAUCUACGAAAUACAACGAAUUACUUCUUGACAUCAUUGGCAUUUACCGAUUGUCUUGUGGCAUGUCUCGUUAUGCCAAUUGCUGUGACGAUCGAACUCAUUGGACAUUUUCCGUUCAAUGCCUUAGCGUGCAACGUCUGGUUAACAUUCGACGUUUGCUGUAGUACAUCGUCGAUAUGGCACAUGAGUGUUAUGUCACUCGAUCGAUAUCUCACAUUGCGAUAUCCGCUAAAAUAUGGACGAAACAAACGACGAAGUCUGAUGGCUUAUAAAAUCAUUACAAUAUGGUUAAUUUCAUUUGGUAUCUGUCUGCCACUAUUUAUUCUCGGAUUAGUUGAUCCAACGAAUGUAUAUAACGAGGCGACACGUGCAUGUUUUCCAUCUCACCGAACUUUUAAAAUUUAUGGUUCAUUUGUUGCUUUUUUUAUUCCAUUGGUUAUUAUGGUCGUUACAUAUGCAUUGACAAUGAGUGCAUUGCAACAAGCGCAUACGACAAAGAAGAAUCGUUAUACAAGGCGACAAAAGAUGCAUGCUGUUAUUAAUUUAGCAACGAUGGCAAUGAGAUGGAAACGAGCUGUCAAUAACGAUACAGCUGAUGAACAGAAGACUUCCAAUGAGUCGGUAGCAGUCAAAUCUGACGAGAAAAAUCAAACGAUAAGUUCAACGUCAGAAUCAAGUCAUUGUCAACGAAAACGUGCAACAUCGUUACUUGAACCUAGUCAAUAUGCAUCAGGAAAGAAGGGUUUAGUUGAACGAAUAUUUACAUCGAAUUAUCGCCUCAAUGAACCACGGGCACCGAUUACUUGGCAUAAACGAAAGGAAAAAGUGCUCCAACCGCUAGACGAAAAGUCGACUGAACAAGCGUCGCCAUCAUCCAUUCGACAUCUCGUUCCUGAAUCACCAAAUAAUCAUAAUACACAUGCAAAACGCUCUCAUUCCUGUACGCCAUUGCUUGAUGUUGAAGAUGGUCGGAAAAGUCGUCGACGACGAAGUUCGUCUGCCCACACAAUACUUCAAAUUCGACGCGAUUCAGCAAAGAUUCGCGAAGAAUUAGAAAGACUAACAGCACAAUUAUCUGCAGCAAUGAAUAAUGACGGUACAUCGGGAAAACGUUUGUCUCUCUCCGUUCCAGGUGCGCCCGAUACUACAGCAAAUGAAACACCAACAAUAGAUCAAUUACUUGCUGAAACUGCGAUCAAUCAACCUAUUAUUAUUCCAAGUUCAUAUCUUCUAGUCGAUCAGAAUAUGUCUCCCCCUACUCACAAUAAUUUUCAUCUUCAAUUAGGACGGUCACAUAGUGCAGAUACUCGAUUAGCAUCAUUUGAUUCCACGGAUGACAAGGCUAUGAUGAGUAAUGGGAUACAUGUUCCAAAUCUUCUUGUUACACAUGAUAGUACACAAAAUUUACCGUUAAAUACCAACAACAACAAUAAUAACAAUGAUGAUGCUCAUAAUAUUAGUCACAAUAACAAGAAUUCAAAUAGUUUAAAUAUUCUUCACAAACUCGAACCGAUGACACGUCGUCUAACAUCACCCUCCAAAUUUGAUACAACAUGUCAACGUAUCAAAGAUUGGAUUACAGUAACAACUUCAUCAACAACUCUUGACCUACAUUCAAAUAUUCGAUCACGUUGUGUGUCAGCUGUCAACGUAACAGAAAAUACGCCCAUGUUAGCCGGACAAAAAUCACAACUGCAUAAUUCUCCAUUGUCAAAUCUUAAACGUUAUUUCCCUCGUAUGGAACAUUUAUAUGGACAAGCAGCAGCUCCGAAUGCCAUUCCUCGCUCCUACCAAGCAUCCUUUUCAUACCAUCACCAUCAGCCUCAACAACUUCUACUCGUCGAUGAUCACGUUGCAUCUGUACACAGUUUCGCUGCCAUGCAACGAAGUAGUGUAAGUUCAAUAACAUCAACAAUGUUAGCUGCUCGUCUUAUGCGCGCUCAUCGUCCAAGUACUUCAUCAUCGAUUGGUUCAACGUCACAGAAAGGUCUGCGAAGGCGGCCACCACGUCUGAACGAUGUUCUAUCUCAAGCCAGUUUUCAGAUGGUUUCUCUCGAUACUGAAGAUUCAUCAUCUGGCUCAUCAAGUCUUACACAUCAAUCAGCGAAUGUCAAAGCAGCCAUUGCUGGAACAAACGCACCACCUGCCGUAUCCGCUCCCAAGAAACAUCCAACAUUUCGAAAUUUAACAAAAACAUCAGCUAGUAAUGAACGCAAAGCCAUGCGUGUUCUACUAAUUAUCUUUUCUAUCUUUGUCAUCUUGUGGACACCCUUUUUUGUUAUCAAUCUUCUUUCAUGUUUCAUCGCCGAUAUGCAUCCAAUCUUUAUAUCUGUUGCGACAUGGCUUGGUUACUGUUCCUCAGGUGCAAAUCCAAUUAUUUAUACCAUAUUUAGUCGAACUUUUCGUCGAGCUUUUUUUAACAUUCUGACUUGUCGGAAAGUCAUUACUUCACAUCGUUCCCAAGUAUUCAACCCAUCUUGUCAUUCGAUGACCAUGUCUAUGGGACGAAAAAUGUCCAUUGCAAGUCGAGGACCAGCUGAUAUACGUUGA